UUCUGCGAAUCUCGAACGUCCAACGACAAACCAACUUUAUUCCAGUGACUGCGUGGUAGUCCUCGAAGAGGAGACUAGAAAGUGGUUUAAGUAUAAAAUUAAACUUGAAGUGUCAUUGUUGGGUAACGAGGCCCGAUAAGCUGAAACACCGCCAUCAUAUAACCUUAUCAACACAGCUCAGUCGGUUUCGGUUCAUGAAUAGUUCACACACCUUAAACGUCAAGGCUUAGAUUAGGGAUUUAUUUCCGGGCUGUAAACACUCGGGCUAGUUAAUGUAUGCCAGUAUCACUGACUACACCCACUGACGGCCAAAACUCAGCAGACACGCCUAAAACAAGCAGGAAGUGACAGGAGGCCGCAGUACACCUAUAAAAGCGAUGUUAGGCUACAGACUUCCAUUAAAGUUUGAAGUCGUCAGAAGGUACAAGGUUAAACAGCCUUCACUUAGUUAUUUCUCAUAUCGAGUCGUAAGUGUGCGUGCUGCGGGUAACCGUUUACACCUGUACUAAUCCCGGAAGUCGUGAUAAGCGCGUGCAUUGUUCCGCUGGUUCUCACGGAGUGUUGUGAGGAACUGGACAUCACACUUACAGUCUUAGAGCAGGGAAAUUUCUCACUCUGUGACGCUGCUGCUCCGUGUCAAGGUUUUUUCCCCCCUCUACUUUUUGUUCUGCUUGAAACUGCGUUUAAAAGAGGAAUUCACAGACGAGUUCCUGCUGCUGGAAAUUUUCAGGUCGCUUUCCGCCAUGUCUCUGGGCUCGGAAAUGAUCCGAGGUGAAGCGCUUUUCUCCGACUUCAGGAGACAGUGUUCGGCGACGGAGAACUGGCAGAACAAAUACAAUAAAAACGGGAUGGAGGUGUGGGUCGAGGUGCCUCCUGUAAACAACUCGCCUCAAGGCAACAGAAACAUCUACUCUAAAGUGCACAAAGUCAAGUGUAAAAUUGCCAUAAACGAUGUGUCUGCUGCUACAAUAUACGACGUUCUUCAUGACAACAUCUAUCGAAAAACGUGGGACCCUGUAAUGCUCGAGAGCUUUGAAAUAGCCCGUCUAGGUCCCAGUUCUGAUGUGGGCUACUACUCAUGGCUCUGUCCUAAACCACUGAAAAACCGAGACGUGGUUACUGUCCGCUCUUGGCACGCUUCUGAAGAUGAAUAUAUAAUUGUCAACUACUCAGUCAAACAUCCGAAAUACCCUCCACGUAAAGACUUGGUGAGAGCUGUCUCUAUUCUGACGGGUUACCUGGUGAAACCAACAGGGCCGAACAGCUGCUCCUUCAUUUAUCUCUCACAAGCAGACCCUAAAGGUUCUCUUCCUAAGUGGGCAGUAAAUAAGGCAACUCAAGUUCUAGCACCCAGAGUAAUGAAAAGUGUUUAUAAGGCAGGUCAAAACUACACUGUCUGGAAGGCCCAGAACUCUCCAGAACAUAAGCCAUGGCUCUACCCUAUCCAGAGUGAACUGCCAAUGAUGGAUCCAGCUGAGCUGAGCAUCCAGCACGGAGACUCUCUGGAGAAUGUGGAUGAGACCUCAACUCGUGAUGCUGUGGAGAACGAGGAUAGCAGCUGAAGAACAGCAAAAUGUGAUGAAGAAAUGGACACUUGGCUUUUAAACUUCCAGUUUGUCAUGUAGUUGGUGCUGUUCAUGGGUACUUGUUCCCGUUUCUUCUUAGAUCAGAAGUGCUUAUAGGCACUGGCGUCUAAUUCUGUGGCACAACAUUAAGCUGUGCUUACAUAAAUUUCUAUAUAAUGCAAAAAUGAAGAAUGAUGUGAAGGCUGGCCAUGGUUUAUAAACAUGGCCUCCUUUGAAGUUAAAAAGUGGUAAAUUGUCUUAAGUGUUUAUUCUUGGAAGAGAGAAAAGCUAAGCGAAUAUUUUUGGCAACAUGUUCAUUGCUUAAUUUAACAUAACAUAAAUGAAGGAAAGUGAAUGACCUUUUUUCUGUAAAGGUAAAUUAUUAUUCCUGAAAAGGUAAGUUAUUUUGUAUAAUUAAAUUAUGAAGUGUUAUGGAGAUUGUUUUUAUUUAUUUCGCUUUUGAUUUAUUAAAACUUGAACACUGCAGAAUAGUGGGAAGGUCAUGAGGACUGGUGAAGGGAGUUAGUGAGUCCUCCUUAUUUGUUUAUGAAUUUGUUUCUACACCUUGUCUUGAGUGUGUUUGAACAGUGAACUUGAUUUUACAUGAAUAUCCAGGGAAGUUUGGUAAUUAGUAUUUAAUUACUAUUUUUGUAUAUCUGUCAAAAUAUGACUUAUUUUUGUAUUAUGGCAGAUUUAUUUAUUACUUUAUUGGUAAGUUACUUAUACUUCUUAGACCAGUGGUUCCCAAACCUCGAGAUUGUAAGAUACUCACACACUUUUCCUACUGUAACCUGCAUUACUCAACAAAAGGCCUAGAAAUUGGCGGAGUUGAUUUUUCUUUUUGUUUUGUAUGUGUUAAUGUAUAAAUGUGCAUAGCAUGAAGUGAGGGUAACACUGAUAACACUGAUUUACAGAAAUGCAAGAGACUGAUGACAAAAGCAAUAUAUUAUCUUGCUUACACAAACACUGCUGUCCCUAGAUACUGUUUUGUUUUCUCACAGGAACAGGUCUUCCCUACCAAACAGAUAAUCUGUACACAAAUUGGGAGAAGAAUAGGGAUGGAUGUGUAGAUUAUCUUCCUAGAAGACUUUAUAGAAUACUUUCAUUCCUUUUUUUAAUUAAUUGUUUUAAAAAUGUUUCAUCUAAAAUGUUCAGUUUUUAUUAUAAAGAUUACAAAGAUUUUUACAAUAAAUAAUUUGAUCAGUUAA